AUGAUUGUUGAAGAUGACAUCCAAAUACCUCCAUCUUCCAGUAAUCCUCCACCUAAUAGAGAUUCAGGUCUUCCUCAAUCAAGUCCUUAUUAUGUGCAUCCAGCUGACAACCCUACCACUGUCAUAUUUACUCCUCUCCUCACAGAUGAUAACUAUUGCAUCUGGGAAAGAGGAAUCCGAAAAGCCAUAAGUGCCAAAUCCAAGCUAGGUUACAUUGAUGGAACCAUCACCAAACCCACGGAUCCAACUGAUCUCCUCCAUUGGACUCGUGCAGACGAUUUGGUUAGUAGCUGGGUUGAAAAAUCAGUCGAUCCAGUUAUCAAAUCCAGUGUCAUGUCUUUCCCAUCUGCACGAGAACAAUGGUUAGAGAUUAAGAACAGGUUCUCUCAUAAGAAUGCACCGAAACUGUUUGCCUUGAAACAAUCGAUUUCAUCUCUGAAACAAGAAAUCAAAACGUUGUGA